CUUCCCUGAUCUUCCGUAAAUCUUCAGGGCGCCCCCAAUCAAGGAUGCUUUUCACUUGCAGACAACCAAGAUCCCGACUUUACCUGUUUGUAAGGCACUCAUCCGCCCUCCGAAUUGCGUUCUUCGGAUCGGACAAGUUCAGCAUCGAAUCGUUACGCCACAUGGUGAAACUCAAAGAAACCCUGCCAGGAUUGAUAGACGUGAUAGAUGUUAUCACGCGACGCCCGAAGCCAUUCGGCAGAGGCCUAAAACAGCUCAGAGACGUUCCUAUCACACAAGUGGCGGAAGAAUACAACUUACGACUUCUCCGAGCCGACACCAGCGCAGAGAUUAACGCUUUGGUCACCGAAAACUACUCCCUAGCGAUUGCCGUGUCCUAUGGAAAGCUCAUCCCCGCACGGUUUCUCCAGGCACUACCGUUUGGCGGGUUAAACGUCCACCCAUCACUCUUGCCGGCAUACUCCGGGGCAUCCCCUUUGCAGUAUGCACUUUUAAACAUGGAUCCCAGCACUGGUGUGACGGUUCAGAACCUACAUCCGACAAGGUUCGACGCGGGUGAGAUCCUCCUCCAGUCCCCAGAGCUCGCCAUCUCUGAAAAUGAGACGUAUGACAGCUUGUGUGACCGACUCGCAAUGGUGGGCGGCCAGCUUCUUGCUACGGUGGUGCGGGAGAGUCUCUAUAUUGACCCCAAACCGAUCACGGGUUUGCUCCCUUACUCGUACACCAGCAAGAUUGACAAGGGCCGCGCACGGAUCCGGUGGGAAGUCAUGUCUGCCAGGGAAAUUGCGAGAUAUUACAACACCUUAGGACCGCUAUACACCUACAAAGAGUGCUGCAAGCUCGAUAAAAAGACGAGGGAGAUGACCUCCGAGGUAAAGCGAGUGACUUUGAAAGGCGUGAAAGUCGAAUCACGUGAGUUUUCUCUCUCCCAAGUAGGUGAGUUUAUAUUGGAGGGUAGCCGUUUGGUAAUCAAGGCACGCGAUGGGUAUGUGUCCGCAGAGACCCUCACGCUCCAAACGUAUCGCGAAGAGAGCGCAGCGAGCUUUGUGAGCGGCCUCAGGAAAAAAACGGGCGAUUCAAGACAUGUUUUCCUCAGUGAGGAGUGAAUCCUCCGUGCGAAGCUGGCUGAAAGAGUAGAUUAGGUAAAGAGUUGGAAGUAUGCGUAGUCUAAACAAGGUUCCGGUGGCCGAUAACACGUGCCACCACGGAAAGAAUAUUUGUACAAGCAUUAAAGUUUAAACUAGAAUUACCGCCUGGCUAUGUGAAGCCUUGGUCUGCUCCAGCUAUUUCACGCCCACUUCU